CCUUGUGACACGCGUCUAAACAUAAAAGUUAAAGUUAAAUAAUUAUUAGAAUAGAGUUUUUAGUGCACUUUUAUUUUCAACAGAGUGGAAGUUAGUUAUUUAUCCACAAUUUGAAGCUGGUUUUUGAUCAAAAGUGCCUUAUCAACGGACAAUAUGAAACUCGUUAUAUCAGCAUUGGUCAUAAUGAUCUCUGGCAUCUGUCUCUGCAUGGACGAGGAACAAUAUAUGAAAGAAAAUAAUCUUAUUAAGUGCUACGAAUGCCUCUCGGAUCCACUGGACGGGGCCAAUGCAACUUGUAGGACUGAUAUGACUGGUGCACGUGAGUGCUAUGGCAAAGAAUGCAAUGUUCUAAAGAUGGAAUUUCUCGGCGACGACGUAGUGUAUCGUAUGUGUACCGGCAAACACUAUACACAUGGUAUCUCACACACGAUAUUUUCGACCGAAGAGGGUAGCGUACAGCGUUUAGGUCUGAAAGUUUCUUGGUCGACAUGCCACGAAAACCUUUGCAAUUCUUAUAACAUAAAGGAUAAAGCUGUUGAUUCAUUUGCGACUGGUUCUUCAGUUAUUUGGAGAACUCACGUGCUGACCUUGUUUGCAAGUGUGGUGUUACCCCUUAAGUAUGGUGCUUACUUCUACUAAUACAUAAGAAUGUCUGAGACCCAAGUUCACCGAGCACUUUAAGUUGACUUAAAGCAGCUGGUUACUAAUAUGUUUUGUACGUUCCAAUUUUCAAAGUAACCAGUUUCGUUAGGAAUACUUUACGUUUAUGUUAUCAGUGAACGUCGGUCUGAAUGUGCCUUCUAAGUAAUAGUUUUAAGUAUUUUUAAGUAUAUUCGACAUCUUUCAACAAAGUUGUUUCUUUGUUUGUUUUUCAUCAAUAAAGUGCUUCAAUUUUAA